AUGACUUCGUACAAUAAUGCUGGCGGGCAGUCGUUGCCAAAGCACAUUGGAGACAGUGUCCUUCCUAAUUUCCCUAUCUUUAAUCGUCUCCUAUUCUUCGCAACCAAUAGAGAUAAGCUUGUUAUCAAUGAUACUACGAAUGGUUUGCAGGCGACGCAUCGGCAGCUCCUUUCCGACGUCUUGUACCUCCGCAAUGCUCUCUGGACACGGCUGGACUCAAAGGUGCGAAACCGACUUUUGGCGGGCGAAGAAAUUUGCGUCAAUUUACUAGCAGCCGGAGGAUAUGAGUUCGCUACAGCCUUUUUAGCAUUACUGGCUCUGGGGGCAGUAAUUGUUCCGAUCUCGGCUUCAAUUCCCGUACACGAGGCCAUGUAUUUUGCCAAAACCUCACGAUCUAUUGGCGUACUAUAUUCUUCCAAGUGCUCACUAAUUGGAGAAGGAUUGGCUGGUGCGAUGCAUGAAUCCGGCGUGCCUGGUUUCGUCUCUAUGGAGAUCCUGCAACAGAUCUGCAAGCCACCUUUGCCUGCUAGCAAUAUAAUCAUUUCGUCGGAUCACCAUCUCAACUAUCAUGGCGCAGGUCUGGUCAUAUUCACGUCUGGUACAAGCGGUCCUCCUAAGGGUGCAGUUAAGGAACGAUCUUUUCUUGACACAAACGCGCAAGCUGUUGCGCAAUGGUACAAUCUACAAGAAAGCGAUGUCGUCUUGCACACCCUCCCUGUGCACCAUGCUACGGGGAUCAGUAUCAGCUUCCUCCCAUAUCUAAUUGCAGGGUCUACUAUAGAGUUUCAGUCAUCUGGGUUUCACCCGGAUCAAAUAUGGGAGCGUUGGCGACAAGGCGGUCUAACUGUCUUCUCCGGAGUGCCGACCAUGUAUAUGAGGCUGAUGAAGUAUUUUGAGGAGAACAUCUCCAAGAAGUCCUCGCCCGAUAUCCAGGGCUAUGUGAGCGCUGCAAAAUCGUUCCGUCUGAUGAUGUCAGGAAGUGCGGCGCUUCCAUUCUCACUUCAAAGCAAGUGGAUUAAGCUGUUAGACGGCAAGCGGAUAUUAGAGAGAUAUGGCGCAACAGAGUUUGGCAGUGUCUUCAGCGUAAAACCUGGCGACUCUAAUAAUCCAGACGGCUCUGUUGGGAAGCCGUUCUUUGGGCUUGAGGUUAAACUCUCGAACGGAACCGAGGGAGAGAUCCUUGUGAAGAGCCCACAUAUGUUCCGAGAAUAUCUAUACGAUCCAGUAGCUACUGCUGCCGCCUUUACAACGGAUGGCUAUUAUAAGACUGGAGAUAUUGCCAGAAGCGAAGGCGAAUACUAUUUCAUUCUUGGGCGAGCUUCGAUCGAUAUCAUCAAAUCUGGAGGGUACAAGAUAUCAGCUCUUGAUAUUGAGCGUGAGCUCCUUAAUUUGUCUUAUAUUGGCGAAGCCAUGGUCGUCGGAGUUCCUGACGAAGAAUAUGGACAAAGAGUGGCAGCCGCAAUUACACUGAGAGAUGAGCCGUCCCUCCGAUUAGAAAGGCUACGUGCUGAUCUGCGAUCACGACUGGCAGCAUACAAGCUACCAACAAUCCUGCGAGUCGUCAAAGAGUUUCCCAAAAGUGCAUCCGGGAAGGUUGUGAAACGAGUCCUGGGCAAACAACUCUUCUCUGAGCUUAACGACCCGCAUAUUCAGGUCUGGCGAUCUCGAAAAGGCGGCCAAGCUAAGCUUUAA